CACGUGUAGUGAAAUGGAUACUGGAGCAGAGCUCCUGGCCUAUCUUAAUUCUUCUGAUUCUCACCUUUUUGAGUAUUCUGAACUGGAGGAAUGGCAUGAAAAUAGAGAAAGUCCAGCAAUAUCUUUAAAGUUGUUAGUAAAUGAGCUUAUCAAAAAGGGUAAAAUUAAUAUGAGGACAGUAACGAAUGGCGAUGAGUCUUGUGAUUUGUAUUGGCUUUGUCAUCCACAAGAAAAGAAGGUGAUACAGACUGAGGACAUUAAAGGAUCAUCAACUAAGAGUAAUAGAUCGCAACAGAAAAGACGAAGCCAUUUGAAAUUUAUUCCUCCUCGAUCAGCUAAAAAGCCUAAGACAACAGAUACAAGCACUUAUGCUUCUGUUGCAUCUACAAGUACUGGUGAUCAUUCUAAAGAAACUUUGAUAGAACUAAGCAAAGAAAAGAAACAGUUGAUGGAAAAGCUCCAGGAGAAAGAAAAUAAAUUGCAGAAGCUUCGUUUGGUCAAGUUAUAUAGGACAAAGAAUGAUUUGACUCAGUUGGAGGGGUUGAUUUCAAAAUGGCGGUCAGUCAGUCAAGAAGCUGCACAAGCUUUACUUGAACACUCUCCUACUAGCAGACCAGCCCCAUCAAUGACCGAACUAUUAGGCUAUCUAUCGAUUAGCCCAGAUAUAAUACAUUAUGAUACUGAAGAUGAAUCAUUCUAUUCAUGCUAAAAUAGACAAAAUUAAUGACCCAAAUCUCACAUAUUGACUGUUCUAUGUUCAAAUAUGGACAUACACUGUACAUGUACUCAAGGGCGUAGCUAGCAUAAGGCUAGGGUAGGCUAUAGCCUACCCUGAAGUUCAGAAGUCAGAAUUGAAGUUUAGUAGUUUACCUAUAUUGAGUUUCUGCCUUAGUCACUUAUGAUCAAAGAUUAUAGAAGUUUAGGGUAGCUGUCUCAACUGGCAGUUACUCACUCAGUCACUUUUGACACAGGCAAACAGA